GGAUUGAAUUAGCCACUUUCUUCAAGCAGCAUGAAAUCUUUAUCGCUUUUUAUUUGUGUACUGAAAACGGUACGGUUAGUAACAGCACAAACAUGCACAUGUCCAAAAGAACUCAAUGUUGACGUACGGGUAUCCGAUCACGGUGGAAUGGAUGGAUUUUAUUCGAUUGCGCAAGGAAUCAGCUACGCUAUUCAGCCAAAACUGUCGGAUGCCACUGUCAAUGAUCUUUGUGAUGCUAUCCGAAAAGAUAAGAAAGCUGAUGAUAUUCUCAAGCUGGUCAUAGAACGCCUCAAGAAUGAACACAUUCCGUCUAUGGCCUUCUGCGGAUUUGGAAUUUUAAUUUGUGUUUGCUCAUUCUUGUUUGGCCUAUCAGUUUUCUGCGCUCGAUGUUGCAAUCCUUCUCGAAAGCGUUAUGAGGGUUCAAAAACACCAGAAACGAGUCCGGUGUUGGAUACUGAGCGUACCAAUCGUAGCAAUCGACAGGACCAGAUUUCUACUUGCGCAAUCACCUGGCAGUUGAUACUACUUACAAUUCUCAUCGUCUCCGCUAUUUUUGUAACGCUCAGCAUAGUGCUAAAUAACAAAAGCUCAUCGGAGUUUUUUGCAUCUACCGAAAGUUCACCAAGAUCCAUCAAACUGAUGAAAAAAGAUGUAAUCGGUUUGUACGAUAAUGCGUCAGAAACGUUGAUUUGUGCUUUUGAUAAAGCCAUAGAUAAAACAUUAGACGAGGUGAAAAGAAGUGUUCAAACUGCGCCGAAAUUACUCCUGGAUGAACUAAAGAACCUAACUGGUAUUACGACCCUCGAUCAGAUAAAUAUGACUCAAAUCAGUGAAGAGGCCAGAAAAUGUCAUAGCCAUUGCGAUACCGUGAAGGGAGCAAUCGAAACAUUGCGUGGGCACGCGAGUCCAAAUUGUAAACGAGAAUUGGAAGCAACUGAGGGCAUCAUUGGUGCGUUAGAAGAACCGCUGAAGCAAAUCGAGAACUUAACAACCGUCAAAGAGGGUGUUGACAGAACAAUCAAUGAUUCUCUUGGAAAAGUGAACGAAACCCUGCAAAGCACAGUCACUUCGUCAAUCGAGCAAGUUCGUAACGGGUGGGACAAGGUACGAAAAGCAGUAAACGAAACACAGUCACUAUCAGGUGCCGUGAGUACUGCUGCAGAACAAGCCAACAAUUUUCUUGAUAAGCUAUUCUCGUUCACGAUCAACAAGAAUAUCAAAGCAGGAUUUUCAUGGCUUGUCACGGCGCCUGGACUUAUCACCUUGUUUUUCGCUUCUUUCACAGCGGUGCCGCUCCUUAUAUAUUCAUAUUUUCCAGAUAACCCAAACCUAAUACACUGCCUAUUUCGAUUUUCUAUGAUUGGUUUCUAUGUGAUGACUAUAUUGGCAGGUCUCGUUAUCGCUUUUAGUAGUGUUGAGUACUUGGGUGUAUCCGUCACAUCGUCGACUUGCAAGACAGUGUUACAUGAUCCUACCUAUUCCGGACUAUCAUGUUUCAACGAGGAGGUGGUUCUUUUAGAAGGCUAUAAGCUGAACAUUUCUUUGAGGGGUACAUUGUUGAGUUGCAAAGCAAAUAACACCCUAUGGAAAGCGCUCAAAGCCGAUUCUGCGUUUAACACAAAUAGCUUGUCCGAAAUGGCAAAGCUUUCAAAGAUCAAAAAUACAGUUCGUGAAAAGGUUGGCGCUGUCAAAGAAAAAGUUUUGAGCUACCAGAGAAAAAUCGAUUCUUACAAGACAAAAGCGAUGGAAGUUGAUGAAGUAGUGAGGGCUCCGAUAGACGGUCUUGUUGAAUCUUAUUCGUUGCAAAAAUGUUCGGGUUCAGAAGCCGACGAGAUUAAGAAUAGCGUGAAAGAGUUAUUCAAAAGCCUACAAUUCUUCCGGAACGAGAUAAACACUAUCAAAAGUUUGCUGAACAGUACAGUGAUUCUCCAAGAUAAUAUGCUCGAUGAAAGAUUGAAUAAAAUCAGUUCGCGGCUUUUUGAACUUUGUGUCGAGACACCAGUUAGACAAGGAUUUGACGAUCUUUUGAAAAAUUUCUCCACUGAAUUACUGCCAUGUCGAUCAGUUUAUAAUGCUUAUCAAAAUCUCGGUUCGAUGUUUUGUGAAGAUAUAGCGAAGCCAGCUCAUGGAGUAUGGGCAGCAACGGGACUCUGCGGUCUCUCAAUACUCGCCACAGCUAUUGUCAUUCUUGUGGGCAAUCGUUUGGAUAGUCGUUGAAACUCUAACUGCAAUUUGGCACAGUUCUCCUAAGACUCAUGAUGUUUUCUAUUAUCCUAAAAAGUCUGCAUGAUCGAAACUCCGCAAGCCUCGUUUGCAUCAUUUUACUUGCAAAGUAGUAUCAGUUAAUUUCAUUCGGCAUUCCUUUUCUCGAUAGCUUUACACAAAGCAUAUUCGGUGCCUUUCUGUUCUUACAUAAUAAGAAUAUCAGUAUGAUAUGGUUGUGUAGAAGUUCUUGCUUGGCUCGACUGCCUCAUGGAACCGGAAUAUAUUUAUGAUGAGAAAAUUUAUGUAGAGAUGCAUAUUAUGAGUGAUUUAAUUAAAUCAUGUUUUUGGUCUCAGAUUUCAUUGUUUAUUCGGAACGCGUUAAUGGAUUAAAUAAAUUGAUUUUAACCUUA